AUGGUAGUGAUUAUAAACGCUAUCGUAGUUUCUUUGCUGUCAGUCGUCGUUGCAGAAGUCCAAAAAGAAUGCGUUUUGGAGUUUCCUACAAACGGCUCGCGCGAUGUUUACUGUGACGCCAUACCGUACAAAGUCGACUUGACUCACACUAACGGUAUGACCAAACUGGAUAUAUCGCAAAAUAAUUUGAAUGGGAUUUAUAUCGCUAGUGAUAAAAACACGACGUUACCAACGGUUGACUUGUCCAGAAAUAACAUCCUAAAUCCUUGCCACGUUGCCAUUAGUAAUAUGGUAAGAGUUGAUUCCAUGAUACUAUCGUUCAAUAAGGUACACAAUUUCUCAAUGUGUUCAGACAUUAGAAAUCUAACGUUGAGUUGGAAUUACAUUAAGUCGUUGAAUAAAACCGACAUGGUAAAUGCGUCUUCUUUGGAAGUUUUGGAUCUUGGGAAUAAUUUUAUCUUGUGGAUUGAAAAUAAUACGUUUGUUGGAAUGCCGGAUCUGCAAUGGUUAGACUUACGAGGUAACGCGUUAACGAGGAUAUCAGAAAAAACGCUACCAAGUAGUACAUUACGGUAUCUCGACGUUUCCGAAAACUAUGAUCUCGAUCGUACUACAGUAUUUCAGCCAUUUGAGAAUCUAGUUGAAUUGAACAUUGCCAAAAACGCAGAAUUAGCACCUGUUGUUUUGGGUUCCGGUCCAAGACUUCAAGCAUUGGAUGCUUCGCAUACUAAUCUUACAGAAGUUCCAGUGACGCCAGCUCCGCUGUUAGGCUCACUCAAAUUGAGCGGCAAUGCGAUAAAAGCAGUGAACAGUGGCGACCUAGACGGUUUUCCUCUUCUUCAUUUGCUUAACAUUAGUGCUAAUAGCAUUACCAUGGUCGAAGACGACGCAUUCGGUCGGCUCGAUUUACUGAUCGUACUGGACUUGAGUAAUAACUUAUUGGAAACGGUACCAAAAAGUCUCCCAGGAAGUUUAGAAAAAUUGAAUCUAGAAGGUAAUAGAAUACAGAACUUGAGUGUCGAAGACUUUGAGGGUUGCAAACGACUGAAACUAUUAAAUGUUCGGAGAAAUAAUAUCCGACACAUACAGGAACUUACAUUUGCGUCGUUAUUAUUUCUUGAUGUUUUAGAUUUAUCCGAAAAUCCAAUUAAAAUGAUUACUAGAGAAAUGUUAACAGGUCCAGUAAGGUUAAAAGUCUUGAAGCUGGAGGGGCUAACGGCACCGGAAACACCAACGUUCCCAUUCACUGAUACACGUUACUUGAACCGAAUCCAACUGGCGUACAGCAAACAUCUUGCUGCAAUCCUGUUAAACGACAGUGCUGUACUGUCAUCUUUGUUUCAACUCGAAUAUUUAGACUUAACGGAAUGCGAUGUGAUUUCACUUCCCAACCGUUUACCUUAUCAUAUGCCCAAAAUGAAAACAUUAAUAUUGAACGAACUCAAGUGCGUCGAAUCGUGGCUCAGAGACUGGCUGUGUGAGAUCCACGCAUCCGACGAUCACCAUUCCAAGUUGAGUAAAACUGAACUGAGACUCAGGAACUACCAGCCGCAAAAACUCAAGUCCACUGUGGAGAGUGUGCAAUGUAGACAAAAUAAUGGCAGUGUUCAACAGGUGUUCGAUGCAGAUUACUGUGCCACGAUUACUACGACUCCGAAAUAUCGAGUCACUACGACUACAACAGAACAGACAGCGGUAUUUGCACGGCUAAGAGCGAAAGAUGAUCCGAAGAAUAUACACGUUGAAGCAAAAACGACUCAUCCAGGUAUGAUAGUUUUUGUGUGUAUUGUGUUGUUGUUAAUACUUUUAGCGUGUGGUACUGUCUGGGUUGGAAUGAGGGGUGACGCACUAAAGAGGUUACAUUGGAGGCAAAAUACAGCGGACGUGGAUUACCAAAGUAUCGAAAUUAAGAGCCUGGAAAGUUUAAACCACGUAGAAAGGUGGUGA